CCUUCAGCAUUUCACCAACCGCGAUCGAGCGCGCGCCCGGCCCAAACCACCUAUAAAUCUCUCCCGUGCCGUUGCGUCAAGCACUCAAGCCUCGCCGGCCGGAAUCAACACCCAACACCAAAGCGCCGACACGUCGCGGGUCACGUAGCUACUAGCCGUGUGGGUACGGCCACCGGGCCCGCCGCCGCACGCUUGUCGUCGUCCAAGGAAGAGCAAGUGAUGGCGAGCAGCAGCGAGGCGAUUCGCUCCGCGCCGCCGACGCCGCGGACGCCGCAGGUGGCCGCGCCGCCGUCGCAGAUACACUCCCCGUCCCCGGCGGCCGGCAGGUCGCCUCUGCGCGCGUCGCUGACGCCGCUGGCCAGCCCCGUGAGGAAAGCCAUGGCGAGCGUGAAGGGUUACCUGGAGGAAGUGGGACACAUCACGCGGCUCGCCGACCCGCGCGACGCCUGGCUCCCCAUCACCGCGUCCAGGAGCGGCAACGCCUACUACGCCGCCUUCCACAGCCUCAGCUCCGGCAUCGGCUUCCAGGCCCUCGUGCUCCCCGCCGCCUUCGCCUCCCUCGGAUGGACCUGGGCGAUCAUCUGCCUGACGGUGGCAUUCGUGUGGCAGCUCUACACGCUGCGGCUGCUCGUCAACCUCCACGAGCCCGUCCCCGGCGGCACGCGCUACAGCCGCUACAUGCACCUCGCCACGACCGUGUUCGGUGAGAAGUGGGGCAAGAUCCUGGCGCUGCUCCCGACGAUGUACCUGUCGGCGGGCAUCUGCACGGCGCUCAUCAUCGUGGGCGGGGGAAGCAUGAAGAUCCUCUUCAGCAUCGCCUGCGGGCCGGCGCAGCCUUCUUCUUCGCCUACCACCGUGGAGUGGUACGUGGUGUUCAUCUGCGUGGCCGUGGUGAUCUCGCAGCUGCCCAACCUCAACUCCAUCGCGGGCGUCUCGCUGGUCGCCGCCACGGCGGCGGUCGGCUACUGCACCAUGAUCUGGGCCGUGUCCGUGGCCAAGGGCAGGGUGUCCGGCGUGUCCUACGACGUCCCGGACAGGGCCACCAGCGACGUGGACAGGACCAUCGCCGUCCUCAAUGGCCUUGGCAUCAUCGCUUUCGCUUUCAGGGGGCACAAUCUCGUGCUCGAGAUUCAGGGCACAAUGCCGUCCACUCUGAAACAUCCUUCUCACGUGCCGAUGUGGAAGGGCGUCAAGUUCGCCUACGUCAUCGUCGCCUUCUGCUUGUACCCUGUCGCCAUCGGUGGCUUCUGGGCUUACGGCAACCAGAUGCCUCCGAACGGGAUCCUGAGCGCGCUGUACAAGUUCCACAGCCGGGACGUGUCCCGGCUCAUCGUGGGCCUGGCGACGCUGCUGGUGGUCGUCAACUGCCUGACCACGUUCCAGAUCUACGCCAUGCCGGUGUUCGACAACAUGGAGGCCGGGUACGUGCACAAGAAGAACAAGCCGUGCCCGUGGUGGCUGCGCGCGGGCUUCCGCGCCUUGUUCGGGGCCAUCAACCUCCUCAUCGCCGUGGCGCUGCCGUUCCUCUCCGAGCUCGCGGGGCUCCUGGGCGGAAUCUCGCUGCCGGUCACGCUGGCCUACCCGUGCUUCAUGUGGGUGGCCAUCAUGAAGCCGCAACGGGGCACAGGGAUGUGGUGCCUCAACUGGGCGCUGGGAAGCCUCGGCAUGGGCCUCAGCUUCGCCCUCAUUGUUGGGAACCUGUGGGGGCUCAUCGACAGGGGCCUGCAUGUGCAGUUCUUCAAGCCUGCGGAUUUCCAGUAGUUAAGAUCGUGAACGCAAAGUUUUAUCGACCAAUGGAAUGCACAUUACGAUGUACUAAUGUUGUGUGUACUUUUCUUCUUUCUUCAUGAGAAAUAUACGGUGCCAGUGUAUUGUAACCUGAAACGUUGACUCUUUGAUCAGAAGCAAAGCUGAAUUAACGUUUCAUCGAUCAUGCCAUGGAUUAGCUGUUACAAAUGCUUGAUUA